AUGCUGUCUCCUCGCUUCUCUUCCCCCCCAUCCUUACUCCUUUUUGCCCUACUCUCCCCUCUGGUGGUCGGGCAAGUUUGCCAGCUCCAAUUUGACGGUCGGGUUCCCAGCAAUCUGGUUGCUAGCGAUUUUGAUGUGCCCAACGACAUCUUUAGCGAGACUUUUGUCCUCGGCGAAGGACUCACCUUCAGCCAAGCGCUCCGCCUCCUGCCCUCCAGCACCGCGUCACUGGUCCGCGCGCCCCCUGCCUCCGAUCAGUCCAUUUUCAACAACCAGGUUGCCUUCCGCCGCGCUGAGCUCAUCCCGGCCAGCAAUGACGGCACCGACGCGAGCACGCAGGGGGUCAAGACACUGCACUUCAGCGUCCUCAAGGACAACGCGCGGCCGCUGAACCUAUCGCACGAGUAUCAGCUCGCCUUCCUGGAGAGCCAGGACUUCAGCACCAACCAGUUUGUGUUGAAGACGGGAACGAUCCUGGGACAAAACACGGCCGACCCAGACACACUGCAGCUCUUCGGCAACGUCAACCAAGGCGACGUCCUCUUCAGCACCCCGUUCAAUGCCGGCGUCUUCCACAACUUUGCGCUGACGCUGGACUUUGAUCAACUGACAACCCAGGUCUUCUUCUCUACAGGAAACGAUGCACUUGCUGCCGUCACUGAUGUGCUUCAGAACGACGUCAGUGGUCAGGGCCAGUUCCACUUCGGGGUUCUCAAGAAACCGGUGGGCGGCGUGGGUGAUAUCACCAAGAACGGCUUCCAGCCGGAUGCGAUCGACGAAGCGGUGGUUUUUGGGGGGAUAUUUCAGGAGGAUAGUGCUGACGGCUGCGUUAGCUUGUCGACGUGA